CUACCGUGUAUCUUUGAAGAUGAAGAAGAGGUGAGGCGCUCACGUAUGAGCUGUUGACUCCAAUGGUUGUGGAACAGAAAUAUUAUCGUUUUGGAUGUAGUCAACCAGGCGGUGCUACUGUCCUGUUGACCAUAGCAGUGUAGUUUGCUUAAAGACAGCAGUAUCAUUUUCACGAGGGUUUUACAGCUUCAGCUACGAUGACCGAAUUUUUCAGAUUGCUGGACAGCGAUGUUGUCGGUUUCGAUUUAGACCAUACGCUUUGCCGAUACCAUCUGAAGGAGACCUCCAAGCUGAUCUACGAGAGCUUUGCCAGGUAUUUGGUAGAACAUAAAGGCUAUGAUAAGGAUUUGUUAAACCUGACACCUGCUACCUGGGAUUUUUGUUUUAAGGGCUUAGUGGUGGACCUUGAAGAUGGAAACUUAGUGAAGCUUGCUGAAGAUGGAACAGUCUUGAGAGCAACACACGGAACUACGGAUCUGAGCACAGAAGAGAUCAUCAAACAUUAUGGUCCAAAAAGGGAGUGGAAGCACUUUAACAGCCUCAAUACCUCUUUUGCAAGAUCAGCGAAAUACUAUUUAUAUGACAACUACUUUGAUCUACCUGGUGCUCUCCUCUGCGGAAGAAUUGUGGACAUGUUGCACAAGUGGGGCAAUGACGUGAAUUCUGAUUUUUGGAAAGACAUGGUCGCUGCCAUUGACCACAAUUACAACACAUCGGCAUUUCGAGAAGAUGCAGGGACUUAUUUUCCCAAUGUUAAGCGGGACCCUGGCCGUUACUUGCAGACCUGUUCUGAGUCCGUCAAGUCUUGGCUACGCAGCAUGAAGAACGCAGGGAAAAUCCUUCUUCUCAUUACCAGCUCCCACAGUGACUACUGCAGGCUCAUCUGUGAACACAUCCUUGGGAAGGACUUCGAGGAGCUUUUUGAUGUCAUCAUCACAAAUGCCCUUAAGCCCGGUUUCUUCUCCUUAAAACCGCAACAGAGGUCCUUCAAAAACCUCGUGAAUGAUGUGGAGGAAAGUGAGGAUAUGCCAUCAUUGGACAAACCCGGUUGGUACUCCCAAGGCAACUGGAUGCACCUCCAUGAACUGCUUAAGACCAUGUCAGGAAAACCAGAGCCCAAGGUUGUGUAUUUUGGAGAUAGCAUGAGGUCGGACAUGUUUCCUGCUUGCAGCUUUGCAAAAUGGGAAACAGUAAUGAUUGUGGAGGAAAUGGAGGGGGAAGGUGUCCCCCAGAGUGAUGCAGCAAAAUCAAAUGAGGCCCAAGUGGAGCCUCAGGAGAAAAAGGGAAAAUUUGAGGAAAGCAUGAAGUCACCUUCCACGAUGUCUAACCAGUGGGGUUCCUACUUUGUUGAUGUACAUAAAAGUGGUGGAGAAGAUGAGGAGAUCCAGAAACUGACCUGGUGCUGUCACUGCAUUCACAAAUACAGCACCAUGGCCAUUCCUAGUGUGGAGCACAUAGCAAAUCUCCCUCUGGAUUACAAGUUUCCGAGGUUUUCUCCAGAUAAACAGUGCACAAAUGGAUACUUUCCGAGGCCCCCGGAUUCUUUGCUCAAGCGAUGCAAAAUUCUGACCUGAAAAGUUAAAAAAGGACUCAUCCUUCAGCUCUGUGGUCUGUGACUCCACUUAAUCCCGUAAUUCUCUUCCAACCCCAAACCAUUUGUGGAGCACAAAUUACCCCACCCCCAUCACUGAUCCAUUCAGAAAUCUUGUUGAAUGUAAUAUAAGAUACAUUAUCUGUCUGUAAUCAGGUCUCUCUCGGAUAUUGUUUUGUAGUUUAGUGUCCAUGUGAGAAUACAACCUCGUUUUGGUGUGUGUCUGACGACAGUAGUACCUUGAUUUACGAGUUUGUUUUCCGUGACCACACUUGAAAUUCAAAUCCAUUGUAUCUCAAAUCAUCUUUUCCCAUUGAAUUCAGGGAAAGCUGUUAAUGCUUUCCUGCCCUGCUGAAAACACUGGGUUUUUUUCAAAGUGAAAAAAAAUUAGUGUACAGCAUUGUAACAUACUGUAAUAACAUAAUGUGCAAAUAUGUUAAUUAAUUGGUUGAAUGAAUUUCUAAUGGUAUGCACGUCUUAGCCACCAGCAGGCAGUUCAAUGCAUAAAUGAUACAAACUAAAAAAAAUGGUCAUAGCUAAGAUCGGUAAGAUGCAGUAUUUUUCGUCAUUCUCUUUGCACAGCAAAUAUAUAUCUUGAGUAUUUUUCAUUUUCAUCCGCAUGUCUUGCUGCACCAUUUGUGUUCAAAGAUCCAUUGUUUAAAAGUUUACAAGGGCUGCAACAUUGAGGCUAGUUUGGUAGCCGGUCUGUGGCUAUUUGCAUUGUGCGUUAGCAUUUAGCUAGCAGGCUCCAAAGGGACAAUAUUUGUUGUAUGAGUUGUUGUGAGCCCAAUGAACACACACACACAAACACAUACACACAUCAUUACGUCCAUCACCCGGUGAAAAUAUUGGCCGAACAUUGGCUCUUAAGUUGGGUGUCUAAUAAGUCAAGGAAUCACUGUAUGUGUAUCUAUUUCCAAAGUGUAAUUAGUUGUGGGAAAUGUUGUAAUGUAUUAAAUAGGGUAGUUCUUUAAUUUUUUUUUCUCGUUAGAUUGUUUUAACAACUGUCAAAUUGAUGUAAUAAAUGAGAUGUGAGUACCUCAA